AUGAGGGAGGGCCUGGAGCCGAAUCGCAACGACUUCAUUCGCAUAGCACUCGGCAAGUGGACUUUCACUGCCACGGUUGCUGCUGCUGCUGCGAGAACUGAACUUGACAAAAGCUCACUUGACGACAGGGCAUUGGCCAGCGCACCUUUCCCCCCGACAGCACAGCACAUUAGUAACGGCAACUGCGACUGGAAAAACUUCUUCCGGUGCACCCACAGCCUCGCCGGGCUUCAAAAUCCCGCGUGGCUUGAUGACUUGGCCUUGCUGCAUUCAUUCCAACACCAGCUUUCGCCAUCCGGGACCAGCAGAUACCGCCUUUGCACUGGUCGAGACAAGAUUGCAUCCGCGUAUGCCCACAUUGUCGUCCUUCAUGCGAUGAGGCACUUUCCAUUCUACCAUCCAUGGCUCCUGCUGAAGUCACCGCCACUCACUUCACGGGUGCCCACUACUACUAAUUGCUAUUCUAUACGCUCACACAGCUGUUAUCGUCGGGUGGACAGCGAGUGGUUCAUCUGGGAGGACACGAAGCAGGCUGGGAGGCUGGGUAUAAGUAUUCCUGCUCCCCCCUCCUCUCUUCUUCUUUCUUUCCCCCUUCAGCAUAGCAUCAGCUUCCAGCAGUAUUCACAGCAUUCAGCCAACAGUAGCAGACCAUUCAGUAAUCGCAGCAUUCAGCCAAGAGUAGCAGACAUUGUCACGUCACUACGCAUCGCAGAACGGCAGAUUACAGUAAUCACACAGCAUUCAGCCGAGAGUAGGAGGCAGUGUCACUACGCAUCGCAGAAUCGCAGAUUACAUUUCGAGAGUGCGUCGCAUCUGGGCAGAGUCACUACUUUGAAGUUGGGAAAAAUGACUUCAUUCACUCCUCUUUGCAACCCUUUUGCAAACCUCCGGGUCGAGGCGCCAGACAACCUUGCUAUUCGCAAGACGUUGGAAGACAUGGCGCAUCGCGAGACGCCAAAUGACUUGGCGAUGCCGGAUUUCGCGCUCCCUGAGGGUGUCGAUUCCUGGUCUCUGGCGACUCCCUCCACGCCUUCGGGAGAAGACGACCCUGACGACACAUUCCCGUCGUUCGAGGAGGCACUUGGACCGGACUUCAACGGAUGCAAUACUCUCGCAAUCAAGAGGUUCCGGCAUAUGCCACUCCACCCACAGCAUCUCAGGCCGAUCACGGCCUUCGAAGACAUCCGCUUCGUCCUCCGCAGCAUGCGUCUCGAAGCGCUGCAGGAGAGGCAUGCUGCCAUCAAAGCAGCUGCCGACAAAGACAGAGCACGAAUAGCUCUUGUCGCAUCACCAAGGUUCAGUGAAGCCAUGGUCAAGCGCAAUUCCCAGCGUCGCAAACGCCGCAGGGAAGCUGCUCACCAAGAAUCCAGCGGCGCGCGUUCGCAAGGCUGGCAACGUUCGCAGCCAAUGACUUCCCUUCUCUGGAAGUCAGGAGCUCCACGGCUCCAGGAAGGCCACACCCUUCCGACAAUGAGAGAGUCUGGACCCAUUCAUGCUGUCCCUAAAGGACUGGGCAUUCUUCACUCUCAACAUCCGGCUUCGCUCGAACAAUUUCGAGCAGUGCCAAAAAAUUCCACAAAGGCGAUCGAAUCCCGUGACAUCCCAGAGUCACUUCGACGCCAGGAAAAAUCGCGGACAAGUCCUGGAUUAUCGAGUCCACUUGUUUUCCGCUUUCGCAAACGGCAGACGUUGAUCCGGUCUGACAACAGUGUAAGUCUCGAAAGCGACUGCUGUUGGGCUGGACGCAGCUCUCGCUUCGGCACCAGCGUAACUGGGUUUGCAAUUUUCACUCGGUCUGUUGCUUGCUGGGCUGGGCGUAUUGUCGCCACUCUCAGAUCGUAUGGACAUCGCUCUCCCGAUGGAUCUGAACUUCGCAGACACAAAAUGUCUGCACCCCGAUCGACUCUCCAGGGCAAAAGCGUUCUGGUCUGGCAAGGCGUAAGUCUCAAACGCGGUUCUUGCUGGGCCGGCACUCUCGAAUGCGGUAGUUGUUGGGCUGGGUUCGCCGGCAAUGAUUCACUUCGGUUCGGCAACAGCCUUGGGUAUACUGUCUCGAACGCUGUGACUGCUGGGCUGGUAUUUGGCAACGGAUUGUUCUCGAACGCGGCGACUGCUGGGCUAUACAUGACCUCUUGGUCUGGCAUGGGCGUAAGUCUACAACGCGGUCAUUGCUGGGCUGGGAUUACUGUCUACAACGCGGCCAUUGUUGGGCUGGGUUUGCUGGCGAAUAAGAGGGAUCACAUGGCCUGGCACAGCAGCUUGCCCAAGACCUUUUCGCGAAGAAACCGCGCUCUCGAUCACCCCAGUCGUUUUCCCGAUGGGACGCGUCCAAACGCGGAGCCGCCGACAAAACUGGGUCAUCUCCAGGUUGGUCUGCUCAACGACGACAAACGAACGGUCAGGUCACAGACCAUUCACCACCGAUGUGCUAGCUCUCGUGCGGAAGAGAGGCGGCCUUCGAAGACUGAACUGGGUCAGUAUAAACCCAUCAUCGACGCCUCGGAUUCGUUUUCAGAACGCAUGAUGAAAAACGACGCCGAUGAAAGAAACAAAACCCCGAUCCCGCGCCUGAAGCAGACCAUUACUGAGCCAUCCUUACCGCUCCGCGAGAUCACCGCGUCCAAAAGCCGAGAAAUGACGUUACUGUCACCGGCCGGUCGAAAUGAUCCGACACCCUCCCGUUGCAGAAAAAGUCACAUCCCUGCACCCAAACCGUGUCUUCGGCACGUAAGUCUUGUGGCGAUCGAAGUCGCAUCGAGCCGCACCUCACAGCCGUUUCGUUUCCUUCAAAGGCCCAUGUUCACAUCAACCUCACAUGGCUCUACUGCGUCACGCAUGUUACUGAAAUUUCAAUUUCGGAUUUGGCUACAGCGGGUCGAAGACGCAUCGACAACGCACCUCGUUACGGACAAAUCAAGAGCCGUCGUAUCUCAACACACCUUUUGGAAAACCACGACUAAAAUCAGAACAUCCACUGAUUUGUAUGCCUCCGUCAUCGAAAAGAACCCAAAAAGCCAUCGUGACUCAACCCACCUUUUAGAAACUCACGAAACCACAAAUUUUCUGAACCGAAACCAACUCAAACAAAAGGCCGGGUCCCAAUACGGUUGGUUCUCAGGGUGGCCAUUGAAGAGAACUGCACCUCCAAUGUCAGCCUACGUGUCUAACUUCACGCUUGGCCCGAGACCCAUUACAAAUCGCUUGAAACACCAUGAUUGCUUCUACAGAGAAGAGGAGUUUCAUACUACAGGUCACACACAAUUCGCUGUUGGAAAAGGUCCAAAGGAUUGGAUUGCUAUGCUAUAUUUUGAGAGACAGAACUGUCGAGGAGAAAGCAAAAAUCCGAAGCUCGAAGCAUCUGCUAGGCCGGAUCAGAGAAAACCGCACGCCUGUCCAUCUUUAACGGAUGGAAAGGAAAUGGCUGCUAGGCUGAAAUUUCACUCGGACACCAGAGGCUUACCUGGUUCAACAAAGCCCCUUAGAUUCGUUUCGCGGGGCAUCAGAGGUUUUUUUUUUUUUUUUUUUUUUGGCUGCGAUCCAGAGCCCUGGAGCCUUGGUUUGGGUUGGUUGAAAAUUAAGCAGCGGACGACCGACGGUAUGGGGCGAAGGACGGGGCUCUUUACGGAACUGCUUGAGAGUUGGGAAGGUGGGAAUGUGGGAAGUAGAGGGGGGGGAUUUUUAGAAGUAGUUGCAACGGACGGCCAUUUUAUCUCUUACGACGAAGACGUUUGA